AGUUAACGUUGUGGUCAAACAAUGAUUUCCGCAUCUCUUCUGUGAUUGGUUGAGACAUGGACAAGAGCCCGCCUUAUACAAAACUGCCCAAUCACUGACCAGCUUACUGUUUUGGAGCCAUCCACAGUGUGUUGUUGUUGUGAGGAGCGGACACGGUGUAGUCUGGAAAGAGACUACAGAGCUUCAGUACGGUGUCUUUUCGAAUGCUAAUGCCAAGGGAAGGAUUUUUCCUGCAGGAGUGCAUUCUCCAGGACAACACUGAAACACACAAUGGAGGAGGGCCAAGAUUUCUCCCUCUGUGGAAAAGCAGCUGUGACUGAGUCUAAUCUGAGAGAUGAGUAUUAUUGGAAGCUUGUCGCAGAUUUCAUUGGUCCUCAGUCGGGGGAAGGAUUAGAGCUUGAAAAGGCACCAUGCAAAAACAGACUUUUGAUUCAAGUCGGACUCGUGAGAGAGGAUAAUAAUUUUCCGUGGAUGGCCAUCGUCGAUUGGCUCAAGAAAAUAUUCCCCAGACAUCAGUCGGCUGAUUUUCGUCGCUUGAUUGAAAGAGGCAUCGCAACAACAUUGAGUCUGGGAAGUGAAGUGAGGCUGACCUUUCUGGAAUCAGAUGUCAACUUUAACUUUGUUGGCCCAAUAUGUGAUAGCAUCGGGGUUGAACGAGAUCAUCUUUUGGAAAUGAGGGAUUUUUCAGAGCGAGCACAAUCAGUUGAAGUCACAAAUGGAUUGAUUCUCGAGUUGAAUAACUUUGUUGCCAGGGAGAAAAUUGCCCCAGUCGUUAUAGUUACUUGGCUCAGAAACUUCAACCCUCAGUUUUGUAAGAAAGGGAACAUUCAAAAGGCGUACAAAGUCCUUAGGGCUAAGAUAAAAAGGUUAAAACUGUGUUGCCGCAAUUAUGAAACAAGAAGUCACAGGAGGAAUGCGGCGAUGGAAAAUCUGCUUCAAAGUCCAUUUGAACUGGUGCGAAAAAAACCACCUCGAUUUGUUGUGAAGAAACGCAUGAGAAGAGACAACACCAGCAAUUAUGAAAAAGUUACCAUCAAGGAGGAAUAUGAGAGUUUCGAAAUCAUGCAAGGUGAAGGGUCUGAGAGGAACAGAGGAGUUGUAAAGAAAAUAAUAGUGAAAGAACAUGUUUCUGAAUACAAUGAAAGCGAUGAGGAUUUGGAUGUAUCUACCAGUGAAGAAGAAACCUCAGACAACAAAGAGGAGGCCCAGACUCUGCUUGACAUUGCAAUGCUGUCUGUCCAAAAGCUGUCAAGUGUGUACGGAGGGAAAAACACAGCAUGCAAGCAGGUUUCCUUGGACCUCCUCAAAAAUCAGUAUGCCCUGACAUGCAAGGAGCAUCCAGCCAUGGCAGAGUUUGAGAAAAAGCUGGACUCACUCUGUGAAGACAUUUCACUGGCCUCUCCCGUGGUGUUUUUAAACUACAAUGCCAAUUUCCUUGUUGACAUGCAUGAUGCAGUUGAGCAGCACAUUAUGAGCUUUGAAAAAGAGAUCAUUCUGUCAGCAGGAGAGAAACUAGGCCGUGACAAGCUGCCAAAAUUCAAGAACUUUGUGAAUCUGUCAGAAAGUGCCACUUCACGCUUCAUUCACAUGACUUGUGAUAUCUUAAGCCCUCGCACGCCUGAUACACAAAAUUAUAGGAGACACUGGAUAGCCUUUUGUGAGGAAAAGAAAAAUCCCUCCAGACUUGCAUUGGACCAGUCAAACCGAUUCAACAAGUACUUUGAAGCUGCAGCAGGUCUUAUUCACCAUCACAAAGAGAUCGCCCUCUUCUUCUCUGAUUUGCUGUCACUGAACAACGACAACUGCCCAAACAUCAUUCUUGAGAGUGUUGCUGCUGAUGCUAAUGAUUCUGUGAUUCAGAGCCUUGUGUGUGUUCUGGCCAUUGUUUACUGCAAAAUCCUCGGCCCUUACUGGCAGCUUCUGAAGAGUGGAGGAGAGUACUCACUCUUCAGCCAGUACAUACUCUGUCUCUAUCAAAAGUUCCUUGACUGGUCCAAAGAUCCUUCAACUCUGCUGGAACCUGAAGGGGCCACAAAUGUUUUUCUGCAGUUCCCAUUGCAAGAGAAAACCUUUGAUAGAGUGUUUCAUUACUGUGGCCAGUGGCACACAAACAGGGACCUAAUCAGAGCUUGCCUGAAGAGGACUAUAAAGGUGAUUGCAGCCGUCACUGAUGAACAUCUGAAGGAUUUCCUUCCAGGAGGGAAAUUUUCCAAAGUCCCCACACCAGAUUUGAGCUUGCAGCUAGUGAGUUGUACAUUCUCCAUCCUGAUGGCGGAAUAUCCCUUCGGCCAAGCGUACACUUACAAGAAGACAAGACCUGACACGUCCUCUAAACAGUCCUCACACAAGUCCUUGUCAUUGGAUAGCUCUCAGGAAGAUGACCAGUCUUAUUCAUUUGACGACAGCUCUGAUGAAUCUUCCCACUGGAAAGCUAAAAAGAAUACACACGUUGGCCGAAAUGAUGACAGCAGUCCACAGAUGAAAAAGGGCAGCAGCAUUAAAAAAGAAAAAACAGUAAGAGUACAUAAAGAAGAGUUUGAGGAGAACAUGGACAGAGACUACAUAGUCGCUACAGUGAGCAGAAACGGAGGGCCAUGCAAGUCACAGCAGGAUGUCGACAAAAUGCUGCUGCGCUUUGAUGGGAAACCCCGAGCAGAGAAACGAGAAGCAAUCCGCUGUGAGAUACUGUACCAGAAAAUGAUUCUCAACAACACAGACCCACACUUGGAUUGCAUUUUCCGCAACAGCACACAAAUGAUGUUGAAGCUAAAGCUCGCACUUCCACGUGUUAAACCGGGGUACUCUCUUGUUUUGGCACCUAAAAAGACAAAAGUAAAGCCUUCCAAGCUCCAAGAACCAGUUGAAACAGAGUGAGAAGCAGCAGCAUGUGAGAGCUUUGAUUUCAUUUAAAAAAUGUGAUAUUGAGGAACAGAGGGCGAUGAAUGACUCAGAAUACCAUUACAAUGAACUUGUGUAAGCAUGUGACUUCCUCACAUGAUUGUAUGUUUGCAAACCAAGCAGAAAUAGACACAAGGACCUCAGUCUUUCAACACAAAGACCCUAAAAUGUAUUAUUCUGUAUAUGCCACAUAAAGCUGUCAUCUGUUGUACAAACAAUAUUUUUGAUGUCAUUAGCCGGAAAGAUUGUUAGAAUAUUUACUGCUAUUUUUUAUAUGAUACAACUCCUUGUAUUUGCAUGAAAAUAUUUUGUAGCUAUUUCUAGAAACAGAACCUGUUGCCAAAAAGGAAGCUAUAUUCUUUUUCUAAUACAAGAUUGUACCUAUUGUGAUCAUGCAGAGGUCAGUCAGUAACUACUGUUGACUUAUAAGAUGUCAUAUGAACCACUGUCAAAAUAAACAUCUUAUUUUUA